AGCCUAAUAUAAAAUCUAAUUAUAAGAGCAAGUGAGGGAAAAAAUUGGCUACUUGGUUCAAUGGCUGCAACUCGCAUCACAAUCGCAAACAAGAUUCAUCAUCGUCUUUCCCAGUACUCCAACUCCAGGUCCAUCUUCUCCACUCCGCAGUUGCAGAAUUCAUGGGUCGACAAGGUCAAAACCGUCUUCACCGGCCAAAAAACCACCACCACCACUGAAAACCCCUCCUCCACCACCGACUCAUUCACCCUCCUCCAUUUCGCCGAUGAAAUGAAGAAGGCACGGAAAAUCGGAGCAUUCAAGGAUUACGUGGUUGGGAGAAGCAGCGAAGUCACUUUCACUACCGCAUUCGAGAAAAACGAAGCCAUUAUUCGAUUUCUCGGUGUUUUGGAUCCUACUGGAGAGAAGCUCCAGAGUGCUCAGAAACAAGCGGCCGCGAAGCAUUGUAACUGCACCAUUAUUGAUGUGGAGAAUGCGCUUGCCAAGUUUACUUGGGCUAAAGAGGCGCAGAAGAAGAUUGAGAAGUUGAAAGAAGAAGGAAAACCCAUGCCAACAAGCAUUGCUGAGGUCCAAAAGCUGGUUGGUUCAAGUCCAUUGGAUCAUGCAAGGUCUAAUUUGGCUCAAAGUGGACAAAUUAGCAGGAAUGCACCAUGUCCAUGUGGUUCAAAAAAGAGAUAUAAAAGAUGCUGUGCAAAGGAUUGAAGGAAUUGAGAGGCUAACUAUUAAACUGCAAGGUAGCCUGAUCUAUUUAGAGAUGCUCACGCAUUACUGAACUGAUCUGCAGUCAUGUUUUCAGAUGAAGCUGCUCUAUGCACUCAGACUGCAAGCAUUCUCACAGUUAACUGAUGUUAGGAUCAGACAUUUUGCCAAAUAGUUGCUUGAGUUUGUUAAGCUUUGUAAUUUUUGAAGUGCUUAUAGGGAGAACAAAAUCUUUUUGAUCAUUUGAAGAAUACUUAGUUAGUUCUCUUCCUUCCCUAACUUCCCCUACAUAAAAUGGCAAGAGAACAAGAAAAGAAGUUUGUUGAA